AUGGCUCCUCCAGCUAAGAAAUUCAUCAACAACCCCAACGAUGUAGUAACAGAGUUCAUCGAGGGUUUGGUCGAAACUUAUCCUGGUCUUCAGUACUUGGAUGGCCUUCCUGAGGUCAAGGUCGUCCUACGAGCUGAUGUCUCGGCUGCUGAUUAUGACAAGGUUGCUGUUAUAUCAGGAGGGGGAAGUGGGCAUGAACCAGCACAAGCUGGAUACGUGGGAGAAGGAAUGCUAACCGCAGCUAUUUGCGGUGAUGUCUUUGCUUCACCACCGGUUGAUUCCAUCCUAGCUGGGAUUCGGGCUGUAACUGGUCCAAUGGGAUGCUUAUUGGUUGUCACGAACUAUACUGGUGACCGUUUGAACUUUGGCCUAGCAGCUGAGCUAGCUAAAACUGAGGGUUUCAAAGUAGAGACUGUGAUUGUUGGAGAUGACUGUGCUCUCCCACCGCCGCGUGGUAUAGCUGGACGCAGAGGUUUAGCUGGAACAGUUCUUGUCCAUAAGGUUGCUGGAGCAGCAGCAGCUGCUGGUCUUUCUUUAGCAGAAGUGGCGGCAGAAGCAAAGCAUGCUUCUGAGAUGGUUGGGACAAUGGGAGUUGCGCUAACGGUUUGUUCGCUUCCGGGACAGGCUACAUCAGAUCGUUUGGGUCCAGAGAAAAUGGAACUUGGGCUUGGUGUUCAUGGCGAACCUGGUGCUGCUGUGGUUGACAUUCAACCUGUGGAUGUUGUAGUCUCCCAUGUUCUUCAACAGAUAUUAAGUCCAGAGACUAACUAUGUUCCGAUUACACGUGGUAACAGUGUGGUUCUGAUGGUUAAUGGCUUAGGUGGUACCCCUCUAAUGGAACUUAUGAUUGCUGCUGGAAAAGCAAUCCCUAAACUACAGUUGGAAUUUGGACUUGCCGUUGAUAGAGUGUAUACUGGAUCAUUUAUGUCAUCUCUUGAUAUGGCAGGUUUCUCGAUAUCAAUCAUGAAAGCUGACCAGUCAAUUUUAGAGCGUUUGGAUGCUCCGACAAAGGCACCUAGUUGGCCAGCUGGCACAGAUGGGAACCGCCCACCAGCAAAGAUCCCCGUUCCACUGCCUCCCUUCCUACAAAACAAAAAAGAAGAGUCUCUAGGCCGACCUCAAGAACUUAGUCAACAAGGUCGAAUUCUUGAGGCAGCUAUUAAAGCAGCAGCAACUGUGGUCAUUAGUUUGAAAGAUAGUUUGAACGAAUGGGAUGGAAAAGUAGGAGACGGGGACUGUGGAUCAACAAUGUGCAGAGGCGCAAAAGCUAUUCUGGAGGACAUGAAGAAUUACUAUCCGCUCAAUGAUGCUGCUGAAACAGUGAAUGAGAUUGGUUCAUCGAUCAGAAGAGUCAUGGGGGGAACGAGUGGAAUAAUUUACAGUCUCCUCUGCAAGGCAGCUUACGCUGAGUUAAAAGCUAACGCUCAGUCAGAAGUAACUCCCAAAAACUGGUCUGAUGCACUCAAGUCAUCAAUCUCUGCUGUCAGUAAAUAUGGUGGAGCAAGUGCAGGUUAUAGAACGAUGUUAGAUGCUCUCAUCCCAGCUUCAAAAGUCCUUGAGGAGAAACUGAGUGUUGGAGAGGACCCUGUUUCUGCUUUUGUUCUGUCUGCUGAAGCAGCAACUGCAGGAGCUGAAUCGACCAUUCAGAUGCAAGCACAGGCCGGGAGGUCAAGCUAUGUGUCAGCUGAGAUUCUUGCAUCAAUUCCUGAUCCGGGCGCAAUGGCUGCAGCCGCAUGGUACAGCGCUGCUGCAAGAGCCGUGAAGGAGCAGAGUCAGGGGUUAUGAGUUGUGAUCCGAUAGACUAGGUUCUGUGAAAGGUUAUUACAAGCUUGGUUGAUUUGACUUCUUGUUCUGUUACCUCAAGGCUCGUCUUUGUAUCUAAUGAGUCUUAAGUUCUUAGUGUGAAGACUCUGUUUGCAUGCAACAAAAAUUGACUUUAGGUUCUUGUAAAUGCUUGCCCAUGUUUAUAUGUAAAAAGAGUGUGAAUCAUUGUGUAAUUGUGUGAGUGGCUAUUUUUUGGUUGUAUAUAUUGAAGUAUUAUUUUUUUAAUUAAAGUGAAAUGGGUCGAGG